AGAGACAGACGGCGCAGUUGUCAGUUGGACUGGAUCUCCGUAAAUCGUUGUUAGGUUUGUGUCGGGGGCUGACACAGGAAUGCUAGACAGGACAAGGAAGACCGCUCUUUGGUGGGCCGCUGCAAAGGAAGGCUGAGCGGGGACAAAGGACUGGAUAUGUGGGGUCGCUGGGGGAAGUGGGACGUCCCUCCAACCCCUCCGCUUGCCCUCACUCACAGCCACUGCAGAGGGACAUUGAAAAGGGAACCCACAAGCUGUGGGUUGCCAUGGACACCUUUUUCCGCCGCCACUUUAGACUGAAAGGGGCGGAACAAUGCCAAUACAGGCGGCCUGGCGUGGCGGUGCCCACAAGCAAGGCUCGCCGGCGCUCCAGUGUAGGACUGCCCUCUGCUGGCCUGGUCCAACGUAGACGCUCUAGUGUGGGACUGCCAUUCACAGGUCCUGUCGGACACAGAAGGUCCAGUGCAGGCCUGUCGCCGACUUCUCAAUCCCAACGAAGACGUUCCAGUGUUGGCCUGCCGUCAGGUUAUGUGGGCCGUAGAAGCUCCAGUGUGGGCUUGGCCUGCGCUGCUCACCAACAACACAGGCGCUCCAGCGAGGUGCAGGGGUUACCCCACUGUUAUUAUGGAGGGGGGCAGCUAGUGAGGACCAGAUACUACACCAGGCGACGCUCCAGCACCACCAUGACCUGUGUCAAUCCCCGCUUCUCUGUCCGCCGCAGGCGAGCUGCCAAGCUCCGCACUAUUGACACCCAACUGCUGGGGCCUUCCAUGCUGCUGGCCAGCCUGGUCCAGAUGAGUGCGGAGCAGCAGAGGGCACCAGGGGCGCAGGGCGGUGAGGGGGCCUCAGGAGAGGGCACUGAGAGCUGCCCCUCCUCCUCGUGCUGCUCCGAGUCGGAAGGGGACAGCUGCAGUCAGAGAGAGUGUAGCAGCAGGUCGGAGGGCAGCGGGAGUGAACGAGAGGGGACUGAGGCAUCAUCAUCAUCAUCAUAUCCAGAGGGAGAGAGGAUGUCUCCAUGGCAGGACUGGAAUCAGGCUCAUAGUAUGGCAGCCUUGACGAUGGAGAGCAUCCAGUCCCGGCCCCUGAUCCGCGCCCCUCGCUGCCUGCGCCGUAACUCCUCCCACCUGCUGCCGGCGGAGGCGGUGCACCGUAGCAGGGCGGCCUAUGGUGUGCACGGGCGCUACCGACGCUCCAGCCAGUUACGGAGGCCUUCCACCAUCUCCAACAGCGCCUGGCAAGGCAGGCUAGUCUCCGCACCCAGCCGCAGGAGCUCUAUAGUGGCCCGCCACUCCUCCCGUUCCCUGUAUAGGAACUGUUCCGCUUGCUGGAAGGCCAGAGGCCGCAGGGAGUCCCUCAGCCCCCUCCAGGGCACCUACUACGACCCCCGCCUGGAGACUUGGAGUGGAUUCGUCUCGAAGGCCAUUGCUAAAUCGGGUCUACAGCACCUGUCUGCCCAGCCCAGUGCCUCAGCCCUGGCCAGGUUUGACCCAGACAGGGAGAUCCGGAGCAGCUGUGACUGGACCGAGAACGCCCUGUAUGGGGAGCACAUCUGGUUUGAGACCAAUGUCUCUGGGGACUUCUGUUACGUCGGAGAGCAGCACUGCUUCGCCAAGACACUGCAAAAAUCUGUAGCCCGGAAAAAGUGUGCAGCCUGCAAGAUAGUGGUUCACACAAUCUGCAUAGAACAGCUAGAAAAGUUAUUCGAGGCUAUGCCCUAUGAAGACAACCUGCUUAUCGAAGACCCCGCCUUUAGAAUAAACUUUAGGUGUAAACCGUCAUUCAGGGAAUCGGGGUCUAGGAAUAUACGAGAGCCCACCGUAGUGCGGCACCAUUGGGUCCACCGGAGGCGCCAGGAUGGGAAGUGUCGCCAGUGCGGGAAGGGUUUCCAGCAGAAGUUUGCCUUUCAUAGUAAAGAGAUUGUGGCCAUCAGCUGUUCAUGGUGUAAACAGGCAUAUCACAACAAGGUGUCCUGCUUCAUGCUGCAGCAGAUCGAGGAGUCCUGCUCCCUGGGUGCUCAUGCCUCUGUCAUCGUACCCCCUACUUGGAUUCUCCGGGUUCGCAGACCUCAGACCUCACUAAAGUCGAGCAAAAAGAAAAAACGGACCUCGUUUAAGCGCAAGUCCAGCAAAAAGGGAGUAGAGGAGGCGCGCUGGAAGCCCUUCAUAGUUAGACCCAUUCCCUCUCAGCUCAUGAAGCCGCUGUUGGUGUUUGUCAACCCAAAGAGUGGGGGGAAUCAGGGAGCCAAGAUUAUCCAGUCCUUCAUGUGGUACCUGAACCCUCGCCAAGUAUUUGACCUGAGUCUGGGAGGACCCAAGGAUGGGUUAGAAAUGUACCGUAAGGUGCAUAACCUGAGGAUACUGGCAUGCGGAGGGGAUGGCACAGUGGGUUGGAUCCUGUCUGCUCUGGACCAGCUCCAACUGAACCCCCAGCCUGCAGUAGCCAUCCUGCCUCUGGGGACAGGCAACGACCUGGCCAGGACCCUCAACUGGGGGGGUGGUUACACAGAUGAGCCGGUGUCUAAGAUCCUGUCUCAUGUCGAGGAUGGGAACGUCGUCCAGCUCGACCGGUGGAAUCUAAUAGUGGAGCCCAACCAGGAUGUUGUUGCAGAGGAGAGGGAUGAGCAGCAGACAGACAAGCUCCCCCUCGACGUCUUCAACAACUACUUCAGCCUCGGCUUCGACGCACACGUGACACUAGAAUUCCACGAGUCUCGAGAGGCCAACCCGGAGAAAUUCAACAGCCGCUUUCGGAACAAGAUGUUCUAUGCAGGGACGGCCUUCUCGGACUUCCUCAUGGGCAGCUCCAAAGACCUAGCCAAACACAUCAAGGUCGUGUGUGACGGCACCGACCUCACCUCAAAGGUUCAGGAUCUGAAGCUGCAGUGCCUGGUGUUCCUCAACAUUCCCAGAUACUGUGCUGGUACCAUGCCAUGGGGCAACCCAAGCGAGCACCAUGACUUUGAGCCACAACGGCACGACGAUGGCUGCAUUGAAGUUAUCGGCUUCACCAUGACCUCUCUGGCCACGCUGCAGGUCGGAGGUCAUGGUGAGCGGCUGAACCAGUGCAGAGAGGUGACCCUCACCACCUACAAGUCCAUCCCCAUGCAGGUAGAUGGGGAGCCGUGCAAGCUCGCCCCCUCCACCAUCCGUAUCUCCCUGAGGAACCAAGCGAACAUGGUGCAGAAGGCCAAGAGGAGGACAUCUAUUCCGCUGCUCAAUGACCAGCAGCCCUUCCCGGAGAGGUUAAGGAUCCGGGUGAACCGUAUUAGCAUGCACGACUAUGAGGCCCUACAUUAUGACAAGGAGAAACUCAAAGAAGCCUCUAUCCCACUGGGACUUAUCGUUGUCCCGGGUGACAGUGACCUGGAAACAUGUCGCUCCCACAUCGAGAGGCUCCAAGAGGAGGAUGAUGGAGCUAAAUCAAAGACCCUUUCCACACAGAAGCUUUCGCCGAAGUGGUGCUUCUUGGACUCCACAACUGCAGAUCGAUUUUACAGAAUUGAUCGUGCUCAGGAACACCUAAACUAUGUGACCGAGAUAUCCCAAGACGAGCUCUUCAUCCUGGACCCUGAGCUGGUCGUCACGGAGACGGUGAGCACCUCACCAGGGAUGCCUGAUCUGGUUGAUUCUUCUGGUGAAUUCCCAGAGGCGUCGAGCAAGUUUGCCUUCCCGUCCUCCUCCUCGUCUCCUCCCCCCUCACCGGGACCCAGUCCCACCAGCCCCCAAUCGGACAGCGAGGCCAUGGCCGUCAGACACAAGAAAUCCCACUUCUUCUUCUCUCCCUCCGGCUUCCCCUUUCCUGUCAGGAAGAGGAUCACGGAGCUCCAGAAGACCACUCAGAGGAAGCGAAUAUCCAGCGACAGCUCUGUGGUGGAGGCACUGGCACACAGCAGCUCCCUCAGGUCCAGUAAGCCUGCCCUCACCAGGGCAGGAUGUAUCCAUCGGUCUAACACUACUGCAGCUGAUUUCAACCCAACAUUGAGGUCUGAGAAGAAUACACUGUGCAAUACAGACAAAGUAUCACCGGAAGUGUUGAUUGAAUGUGUGAAGCGCAAAGACCAUCUGAAGCUGAAGGAACUGCACAAACUGGGAGCUGACCUGUCAGUGCAGGACCCGUCAGGAUGCACCCUGCUCCACUAUGCUGUGGACACUGGUAGCAAGGAGACUGUCAAAUACAUCCUGGACAAUGCACCCACAGAUAUCCUGGAUGUAACAGAAAAGGAAAAUGGGGAGACAGUGUUGCACAAAGCAGCGUCACUGUGUCAGAGGACUAUCUGUCACUACCUGGUAGAGGCAGGGGCAUCCCUCAUGAAGACAGACUUACAGGGUGACACACCAAAGCAUCGUGCAGAGAAGGCCAAGGAUGCAGAGCUGGCUGCCUACCUGGAGAACCGGCAGCACUACCAGAUGAUCCAGAGAGAGGACCAGGAGACAGCUGUGUGACCUCCCUCUGCUCCCUGACCUCCAGCACCAAUUCCCUAUAACCCUGUGCCAAAACUACUUUAGCUAAAAGAGGAAACUCACCAGAGAAGAUGGUUAAAAGAUAGCCAGUGUUGUAUUCUCCUGCUAGGGAGUUGGUUGGAAUCCUACCAUAUGAGAGGUCUUAAAGGUCCAUCAUGUGAGGUGCUUGUGACCAGUGGACUUGAUUAUUGCACUGCCAAAAAAAAAAAGCUGUUUUGUGUCGGAACGCUUGGAAGAGAUGGCUCUUCUGUUACAUUUUUUUUCUCCCCAGGUUGUGUUGCGCUUGCGAUCCACCUAGACUGAAUGUUGAAUUCUGCUCCAGGGUUUUAGGACAGGAGCUUGGGUAACUGAAUGUCCAGGUCAUUAUAAUAUUAUACUCUCCGAUGGAGCUGUAUCGCUCUGUGUCUAUAAAAGCAGCAUGAGCGUUUCAACUGUACGGAUCAACAAUGACUAGAUUUCAAAAGAGUAUGAACACUCUGAUCUGUAGGCCAGCUGUCUUUAAGGCUACCAAAAAUGACAUUAUUUGGAUUAAGGUUUUAUUUGUUUGUUGUACAUUAUUAUAAUUUGUUGACUGAUUUGUCCACCCAUAAUGCAGUGUGAUGGUAUCAAACUAUCCACGUAGGUGGGGAAUUUUACAUGUAAUACUGUUCUCAUCACCAAACAAUUUUGAAUUGAAUAAAUCAAUAUUGUUCUACUUUAUGAUCACUUGGCAAAUGUUUAUUUUAUUUCUUAGUUUUAAUAAGGAUAUUUGGUACUGUACACUUAUCGUAGUAGCUCUGUGUUAAAGCAGUUUAUGCACUGCAGCUCCAAUUGCCUUGAUUUUCUUAUUUUGUUGGCUGAUUAGUUUGUAUUUAAUGUACUUAAGUCAUGGUGUAUUUUUAUUGCAUUUUUAAGCAGAUUGAUGUUUAUAUAAUUUGUACAUACUAUACAUUUAAAAUGUUUUGUGUCUGGUCAUUAUUUACCAUAAAAAAUGUGCAUAUGAUAUGUAUUAGUUUCAGAACUACAAAGCAUUUCUUCUCUCAUAUUGUGACAGAAGUCAAAGGCGUAUUUAUUCACCUCAACAUUUUUUUACAGAUCCUUAACAUGCACAUGAAGUGGUUAAAUUAUGUUCAGCAAACUGAAAAAUGUUCUGAAGGUUUGAGUUGUAAAAUUUACAGGGUGGAUGUUAUUGUUUUUUUACAUACAAAAAAUAAUAAGUUGUCUUCACACAAACCAAUCGUUUGUGGUUGCUAUUUAUUUUCCAUAGUUAUAAUCUGUUAAAAUUUGACUGGCCAUUUAAACCAGCAAUAUAAUUCAACUUAAGUUAUAAAGACCUGUGAUUCAUUUAAAUGGCGUUAUAUUGUGAAGAGAGUGAUGGGAAGGAAUUGGUCUCAUUCCAAAAGCUAUCCUACAUUAUAACUAGUUUAAUGUAGCACCACAGUAACUGUGGAUCUACUGUAUUUUGAAAUUAGUUGUUUCUCUGAAUGUUUUUUCUCAUUAUUUAAUCACUAAACAUCCUUGUAAGACAUCCUUGUAAACACAGUAACAAGGUAUACUUUCAUAUACACAUUUUUUACUUGAUUGUGUUUGUUGUCCGACGUUUAUAGUUUUGACCUUCAAACAACCCAUAAUGCCAACUAAGAUGCAUUUCAUUGUAAAUAAUUGCUGUUCUCUAUUAUGGCCAGAUACAUGAAUAAAUGUAGCACUGAAUCAGUUGCUGUGACGGGAAAUAUGUUGUCAAUGAAAGCCCUCGAGUGUUUCUAAUGCCAGACUGAAAAUAAGGUAUUUUUGAUUUGAUUAUGAAAAGUAAAUGAAUUGUGUAGUUCUACAUCAGUUAUUACGCCUCGUACAUAAUCAUAUGUUCUCACUGAAUAUUUUGCGGGUCAACUUUUUUGUUUUAUUACAUUUUUAACAAUAGAAACAUCCACAUACAAACGACAACAUACAGAUGCACACAAACAUCCAAAACAUCACGCCUGCCCAGACCAACCUGCUCACCACCCCCAGCUCCAGCGCCCGCAUCACUUUCCGCCACAUAACCUCAAACUGCACCAUUUUGUUUCAUGGUCACACUGAUUGUCAGCAUUUUCAAUAAUGAAGACCGUAGGCCCCCUUUUAGUUGACUUCACUAUAGUUGAAAUAUGUUAGCCUUGACGCUGAGAAGAUUAGAUAUAAUUUGAGGCAUUUAUGAUUAUACUGCAUUCUGAAAGAGGUGCAUAUUUGAAUAGGUAUUGUAACAUAUAUCCUCCUGUUCAGAGACUGACAUGGAGAUGUAGGAAAUGCCCUUGCAUUUGUAUAAUUUGGAUGUAUAUUAACAAUCCCUCAUCAAUCUACACACAAUGCACCAUAAUGACAAAGCAAAAACAGGGGUUUAGACAUUUUUGCAAAUGUAUAAAAAAAUAAAAAGUACUGUUCAGACCCUUUAUUCAGUGCUUUGUUGAAGCACCUUUGGCAACGAUUACAGCCUCGAGUCUUCUUGGGUAUGACGCUACAAGCUUGGCACAUCUGUAUUUGGGGAGUUUCUCCCAUUCUUCUCUGCGGAUCCUCUCAACCUCUGUCAUGCUGGAUGGGGAGUGUUGUUGCACAGCUAUUUUCAGGUCUCUCCAGAUAUGUUUGAUCGGAUUCAAAUCCGGGCUCUGGCUGGGCCACUCAAGGACAUUCAGAGACUUGUCCAAAAGCCAUUCCUGCGUUGUCUUGGCUGUGUGCUUAGAAUAUUUGUCCUGUUGGAAGGUGAACCUUCGCCCCAGUCUGAGGUCCUGAGAGCUCUGGAGCAGUUUUUCAUCAAGGAUCUCUCUGUACUUUGCUCUGUUCAUCUUUCCCUCAAUCCUGACUAGUCUCCCUGUCCCUGCCGCUGAAAAAUAUCCCACAGCAUGGUGCUGCCACCACCAUGCUUAACCAUAGGGAUGGCACCAGGUUUCCUCCAGAUAUGACGCUUGGCAUUCAGGCCAAAGAGUUCAGUCUUGGUUUCAUCAAACCAGAGAAUCUUGUUUCUGAUGGUCUGAGUUAAGUGCCUUUUGGCAAACUCCAAGCGGGCUGUCAUGUGCCUUUUACUGACAGGUGUGUGCCUUUCCAAUCAUGUCCAAUUAAUUUACUUUACUCUAAUCAAGUUGUAGAAACAUCUCAAGGAUGAUCAAUGGGAACAGGAUGCCCCUGAGCCCAAUUUUCUUGUCUCAGCACAGGGUCUGAAUACUCAUGUAAAGAAGGUAUUUCAGUUUAUACAUUUUAAUACAUCUGCAGAAAAAAAAGACUAUUUGCUUUAUCAUUAUGGGGUAUUGUAUGUGGCUUGAUGAGAAAAAAAUAAUACAUUUUAGAACAAGGCUGUAACAAAACAAAAUGUGUGAAAAGUCUGAAUAAGGGGUCUGAGUACUUUCUGAAUGCACUGUGUCCAAACCUACCACUGGAAUUAAACAAGCCAAACUAUACAGAGGAAAGCAUUGCUCAAACAUUUUACCUUCUGAAAGUCAGAGACACUUGUUGAAUAAGUAAGGCUGCUCAUGAUUCAUCUUGACAUCACCAAAGGGGUGACACAUUUAUUAACAAUCAUGCCUCUUUUGAUAUCCCAGUGAAAGUUGCCUUUCUAUCGUCUAUGAUCUACCAUCUUGUACCAGUUUCAUCAGAAAAUAUUUGAACAGCAGAGGAAAGGCCAAACAGCACAUGUAGUACAAAGUGACCUCUUGAAAUGGAGUUGAAUAGCCUCAGCCUUAGUAGUAGUAAGUUGUGUGUGCUUGUGCAUAUACAGAUUUGAAUCUGGCCCAGAGACAUGCUGGCACUUGCAAAGCUAUUUUCUGGGAAGUCCAUCGCUCCAUAAUGAGUUUUGCUGUUGUUGUGUAGUUUUCUGCACAUUAACUCAACCAUUUCAACAUCUCACAUUGUCACCUUAGCUUUGUGUACUGACUAUACCCAUAGUUCACUUUGUACAGAAAAUACAUGGCUAUUAUUAUGAGACACCAUUUCAUGUGCCAUGAGCUCUGUCGUGUUAUGGUGUGUGCAAGAAAACACUUCCCAUAGUGGAGCUGUUAUCUCCAAUUGACUUAGCCUUCAACAGAAAUUGAAGUUCCGUUUGAAAUGACACAAAUUCCCCAAUAUGAUAUUUUAUAUGCUAAUCUAAAGAUGCGCUACGUUCCCACUUUCCAUGUUGUCGAUUACUGCAAAGAGCACCCUCUCCCAUCAUCAUUUCCGUAGGUCCACUGGUUUUAAUUGUACUAUAUUCUUAAAGGUUCAGUAGAAAUCCACAGUCUUUGAAUUACAUACAAGUGGAAAGUGCUCUUUGGAAUGGCAGGAGCGUGGAACUACCAAUGCUAUAUCUGCAUGAAUGAGAACUUUACAAUGUUUUUUUUUAAUUUGCAAGCAUAAAACAAGACUUGUAGCUACAAAAACACUCGAAUGAGUGCAAUGCAGGCAUGGGGCUUACAGUGGCUGAAUGGGGUCAGACAACUUCAUUUUUAAAGGAGCUACAGUAGACCAAGGAAUGGUAGUUUAUGUAUAUUAUCUGUGCUUUAUUUUGAGUUGCUGUGCAAUUCAGAGCAAGAGUAUCUAUCGCAAUUCUUUUAAAAAAAUAGAGAGAACUGUGCAACAUGCAUUUUUCUUUAUUAAAAAAUGUAUUUUAUUUUUUACUUGAUAUAGUGACCAAAAUGUGAUGGACAGACUAGUGUGCAAUGUUGACGAUAUCAAUCUGUGUAUUUGUUUCUAUUGGCACAUGUUUUUGUUAUUGUCUGAUUUGAGAGAAAAAAAAUAAAGGAUGGUACUUAA